CUUAAAUACACCAUGCAAAUUACUCUGAAGUGUUUUGUUUUAGGAGAGAAUUUAAGUAAUUCUUUUAAAGUUAAAAUUGAUACCGGGGAUACAGUUUUAGAUCUCAAAAAACUUAUUUUUGAGAAAAAAAAGAACGAUAUUACCAGUAAAUAUCCUAGCGAACUCAAGUUAUGGAAGGUCGACAUUGGUAAAGAUGACGAAGAGAAACGAAAAAUUCUCAGGAAUCAAAGUCGAUACACGAGCGAACUCGAAGGCACGGAAUUAUCACCGGACGAAAGUAUCUCGAAAAGUUGGCACUCGACCGGCAACAGACAACCUAAAGAAAAUAGCAUACAUGUCAUCGUAAGGGGUAAACUUGAUUAAUUGAAAUAAGAAGUUAGGGUAAUAUUAUUAUAUCCUUGCAGGUGUUGCUAUUUUGAUAAAGCAUUAUUUUAGAAAUCUUAUUUCCUGUCAAAAAAUCUUUCGUGACAAUAACAUUUCUUAAUCGAUAAACCUUAUAUCAUAAUAUUUAUUUAAAAAUACUACGAUUUACAAAAAAAAAUAUCUUUUCCAAUGUAAUAAUUCGCGUUGGUAAAGUUAUUAUUA